AUGCCUCCCCGAGGAGCGAACGCCCACAGAAAUGAUAAUGAGCGACCCCAGCCUGUUGAUCCCUUGAAUGAGACAGUGUCUCAUGCUGAGUUUCGGGUGGCCUUUCAAGCGUUAGCCCAAGCAGUCACCGUUAAUGUUUGGUCCAAUAAUCAGGCCGCAAUUGCAAAUCAGCAGGGAGGUGCGGUAGCCACGGUUAGGACUCAUGAUUUCAUGCGGAUGAAUCUGCCAGAGUUUUAUGGGUCUAAAGCUGGCGAAGACCUACAGUUAUACCUUGAGGAGGCUAGUAUGAACAAGUUCAUCAUAGGUAUUUCUGGGUUGGUGCUGAAAGGGUGUAAGACUGCGAUGCUGCAUAGGGAUAUGGAUCUGCCUAGGUUGAUGAUGCAUGCACAGCAGAUAGAGGCGAAUAAGAUUAGAGAGAAUGAUAGAGUGAGGGGUAACACGAGGGCUAGAUUUGAGCAGCAUGUGUAUAGUCAGCCUAGGUUCUAUGAAGGGAACCACCCUCAGUUUCAGAGACGUCCGUCUAUUCCAGCGCCUUCAUCAGCUAGUGCUCUCGCACCUAGGGGCAGGCAGGAGCAAGGGAACAAUGCACCAGCUCCUGUAUCUCGUCUCGCCCAUGCUCAAGGCGCUUCAUCUAGCACUGCUGGUGGUCAGCGACAGAACAGAUUCUAUGCCUUACCGUUCAGUUAG